CGCGUAGUCACCAGAUUCCCCCCCCCCCCCCCUGAAUCUGUGCUCUUUAGCAACUCUAUUUCGCUGAAUAUAUUAUUUUCAGAUGAGGCGAACUUGCUAGCUGCAAGGAAUAUUUUUGGAUGGUUGAUUGAGGUGUGUAGUUGCAUGCUUUCUCAGCCGAUAGAAAAUCAACUUGUACGAAUUGUUGACACGGUGACUCGUUACUUGUGCACAGCGGAAGGUAAUAUCUAUGAGCAGGCUGCAAAACUCUUGGCAACGAUUUCUGCCCGGAAAAGGUGA